GAUAAAUGCUAAUUUUCUAAAUUUUUUUUAGGGGCCCCGUGGGCCGGAUAGAAUGGCCUCGUGGGCCAAAUGCGGCCCACUGGCUGUAUUUUGCCCACCCCUACUAUGCGGGGGGGACAGACAGACGACCUUUUGGAUGGAAAGAAAAAGUAGGCUGCAAACAUGCAUAUAAAAGGGAACUGCCUAAAACAUGGAAGAAUACGUUUUCAAGCCUGUAUGUCCCAUUACCGUAGUGCCUGGUGUCUCAAAGUAUAAAAUGCAGUCUUCAGUAGAAGUAAGUGUGAAAGGGAGGCACUUGGAGCUUUGAUUUAAAAGGUUCGUAGAGCCUUGGUGGGAAACUGGCUUGUGCUGUCACCCAGUAGAGAGAUUAGUCUGUACCGCAGGUAACCAUGUUUUUAUCACUCUCUUUGGCAAGUAGGGAAGAACCUGACAAGGUCACUGUGGCUCUGCCCUUAUGCUGAGAAGGGUUGGCUGAGUGCCAUGGCGUCCUGCAGUAACGGCCUGCAGUCAGCUGCAGGGCAAUGCAGAAGGAAAUUGAAUUAAACAAGGCACGUGCUGUGGAAAAAUGCCUGCUCUGCCUCUGCACUAAGGAUUCUGACUAGACUAGUGUACACUGUCCACCCGGAACUAACCUGCACCUUUGAGAGAGGCUCUAUGAAAACCCAGGGAAGCCUGUAAUCCAUAUCUGGCAUUUCUUCUGGGAUUUGAACAUUGUUUUCCUGUCGGCUUUUUUUUUUUUCCUGGAGGCUGAUCACUACCACUUGGUUUAGCAAUAUCUUACUGCUCUGGCAAGAGCCAUGUCCUGCCUUAGGCUGUGGAAACUAAUAACCGAAUGGUAGAAUGCCACAACGCCCCUUUGGGAGUAAGCAGGCAUCGAGUUCCAGGUGAAGCUGGGGGGACAUGGUAUCCCUGGAGUUGAUCUCUCCAGUCUCCAUUCAGACUUUGGGUUUGGACUGAGCAAUAUGGAGAAAAUUAACUCUUAAAUAUGCCCUUAAAGUACGUCAGUGAAGCGGUGGCUAGAGGCCCUGAUCAGCCUUGGGGUUUUGCAAAGCAGCCAGCAGAAGCACAAAGGAAGUCAGAGAGCUGUCCAUCCUAAAAGGCUGACUAAUGUCUUUCUUCCCCAGUACUGCCUGCCCUCCUCCUCUCCAACAACAGCUAUUGAAUGAUCCUUAUCAAAUUAACAUUUGACAGUAAAUUACCAUUAACCUUCUAACGACUGCAGCUUUGCAAGACAUAAGCCAAAGAAUUCUAGUCUUGUGGAACAGGUAAGGGAAUGCAAUCAUGACCAGCCAAACGAGCUGUCAAGAGAAAUGGCCUUUCUUCCUUUUGCCCCCCAGCUUGUUCUGUGACAAUGUUGCAUGGCGGAGCAGCCACAGUACAUCUCAUGUCUUCUGUACAGCAGGACUGGAGAUUUCUUUGCCUGUGGGCACAUAUUUGCUUCUUCCAAAAUAUUCUAGCCAACAAGAGGGAUUUCAGAAGUGUCUUAAUGCUUUAGGCUGGAAAGGCUACAGCAAAUUCUUUCCAACUACUUUAGUUGGUCUAAUAAAAGAUACCGGAUUUACGCAAAUAAUCUUGUCUGCUUAAUGCUUUAGGAGCGCAAGCUUUAUAUUAGUGAUUAUCAAGGUCCUGUGGCACCCUUGUUUGACUUGAGAUCCUUACAAGUGCGUGCCAGGGUGCCACUUGUUCUUAGCGUUAAGUGUGCAAACCUGAUUCACAAGGAGGAGGAAAGUUAUUUUGAAUAGGAACCCAGAGUGUCAAAAGUAUUCAGACCUGUUGUGGUCUUUCUGAGUUUUUUGCAAAAGAAUUUCUUUACGGUUUUGUGUUGGGUUUGUAGUUAAAAAAUGAAAGAGCUGGUAUUUUCCAAGGAGUGCCUUGACCAUAAAAAGGUUGAGAACUACUGUCCUAUGCAAAUUCCUUGGCCACUUCAGAAAUGCAUUAAAAUUUGCUGUGCUGACUUCAAGUAAAUAUUGGGUGACUGUUCCCAAAAGUAAGCUGGAUUUGCCUUCAGGGCUCCAUCAAACACACUCUCAAGAGAGUCUAUUCAAGGAGGGAACAGAAGCAGUACUAUGCAAUCUGUUUCUAAUCAAAACAGCCCAAAGUGAGCUGGUGAAUACAGCUGCUUUUGAAUAGUUUACUCACCAAAAAUUACCCUCCUUGUUUUGUGGACAAAAUCAAAUUGCAAUCAAAGCAAAGCAAACUCCUUUCAGAGUAUUCAUGAGCCCAAAGAAGCUAAAUUGAUCAAAUUUCUUUGCUCCUCUUGAUUCUAAUUUUUUAAACAUGGAUAACUGUCACUUCUCCUUUAUAAGCUAAUUGGAACAACAAACAGUAUGCUGGCAAUCUGUAUUCUGUGCAUAACAUGUCAGGGGAAUGCUGGUGGAGCAACAAUAGGUGAACUUAAAGCUUGUGAAAAUAACUAUGAUGAUGUGUUUGCAACCCUUAAAGUCUAGACUAUGUAGUAUUUAUAAAGUCUUGUUCUAAUGCUGACAAAUUAAGCAUCUCACAAAUGGCUCUUUAUGUUUAGCUUCUUAUUAGCUGUAUGAUUUGUAACUACAGUAGAUAGAAGAUGGAGACAGAGCUUUAGAACAAAGCAAUAACCCUCCUGUUUUCUGUAAGUCUUUGUGUUGUCCUUAUACAGCUAUGAGUCUGGCAAUGACAUUGUAGACCCGUUCAUCAGGCCUGUGCUCCCUUAAGUAAUACCCAACACUGCUGACCUAGCCAGUUUCCAAGUGGAUCUUAAUCUAGGUACAUUAUUUACUCCUUGAGUGGGAUUAGUUCGUGAAAUCUUGGACAUUAAGAGCUGGAAACAUCUCCAAAUCGACUACAAAUUGCGCUCAGUUCUCACCUGGAAGUUAGUGGUUUGCUCCAACACACAAGGAUAAGUAGGAACUGUCUGCCUGGAAAAUACCUUUUGUUCAGUGUUAGGAGUUCUCAUCUUAUUCCUUGUGCAAUGUUUUCUUCUGGCAGUUGCUGUGACAUUUGAGACAUUGGAAGGUAUUUUAACUUUUGGCUAUUUUUGUGGGGUUUUUUGUUUUCUCCUAAAUCUUCUGGGUCUGCACUCUGCGGUGUGUGAGUGUGGGAGGGAUAUGUUCCCUUCAGAGCUUCAUCAAAGAAUUUCAUUCUGGACUUAAAUGAAUUGCUGCUGCUUUCGGCAAAGGGGGAAAUUCUAAAUAUUUGUCUCACUUGACCCGAUGUUCCCUCUGACUGAUUGUUUCCAAAGUUGAACUGAACUUUCUCCAGAGGGGAAAAUUUUUGUAUGUCUGUAUAUAGCAUAAGUUGUCCCUAUAAAUACCUUUUAUACCCUCUAUCUAAACCUUUUUCAAGCUGACAACAUAAGCAGCAGAACUGGCUGAAAACUGGAUGGAAAAACAAAGAGCAUCCAAUCAAAUGUAUAGACUUUUUCUGCCUUCUGGAGUAGUCUAGCUUUGUCAUUUUCCAAGUGCCUGAAGGUCUUUUGUCAGAAGGAGGCUUCACUCUUGUACAGUCACACAGCCACGUGCAGAAAUGAGCUGCCCUGCAAAGAACUCUGGCCGGAGGCAGGUUAUUUUCAGGAAGACUUCACGUGACAAGUCGCUGACUGUCUAUCUGGGGAAACGAGACUUCAUUGACAAAGUAGAGUGUGUGGAACCUGUCAUUGGUGUUGUUUAUGUGGAUCCCGAGCUUGUCAAGAAGAAGACAGUGUAUGUGACUCUGACCUGUGCGUUCCGGUAUGGCCAAGAAGACAUUGAUGUGAUUGGCCUGGCUUUCCGAAGGGAUCUGUAUUACUAUAGACUGCAGUUGUACCCACCAGCAUACAAGCCAGACUCUCUCACCUCACUACAGGAACGUUUAUUGAAGAAGCUGGGACGCAAUGCUUACCCCUUUGUUUUUACAUUUCCAGAUAAUCUGCCCUGCUCAGUCUGCUUGCAGCCAUCCCCUCGUGAUGCCAAUAAGUCCUGUGGAGUGGACUUUGAGGUUAAAGCUUUCCAUGCAGAGAAUUUGGAAGACAGAAUUCGUAAAAGGCACUCUGUGCGCCUGUUGAUUCGUAAGAUGCAGUUUGCUGUGGAAGAAACAGGACCCCAACCUCGAGUUGAGACCACUUGGCAGUUUUUCAUGUCAAGUAAACCAUUGCACUUGACAGCAUCCCUCAGCAAAGAGCUCUACUACCAUGGUGAGCCCAUUCCUGUCACAGUCACUGUGACCAAUAACACCGAGAAGACGGUGAAGAAGAUCAAAGUGAUGGUGGAACAAGUUGCCAAUGUGGUUUUAUAUUCAAGUGACUAUUACUCAAAGGUGGUAGCAACAGAGGAAGCACCGGACAAGGUGCCACCGAAUGGUAGCCUCACCACAACAUUGAAACUUGUGCCCUUGCUGGCAAAUAAUCGUGAGGUACGGGAGAUAGCGCUGGAUGGAAAGCUGAAGGAUGAAGAUACUAACUUGGCUUCUAGUACCCUAAUUAAAGAAGGGAUGGACAAGACUGUGUUUGGGAUUCUGGUUGCCUACAGGGUCAAGGUGAAGCUCAUCGUCUCGGGCAUUCUGGGAGAUAUCAUGUCCAGUGAAGUGUGCACAGAGCUGCCAUUCCGUCUCAUGAACCCCAAACCUGAGGAGAAUGCAGGGAAGGAGAGUGACCCGGAUACAGAACUAGUAUUCGAGGAGUUUGUUGAUCAACAGGUGGAUGAUGCAGCUGAGGAUGGAGCUGAAGAUGAAGAAAAGGCAAAUGAGUGACUGGAAGAACCAACCACCAGAGGAGCUAUGGGGUCUGGCAUUAGUUACAAAUGCAUUAGGCCAUAGCUUUUAGAUAUAUUAAACUGUCAGUUCUUGACACUAUAAUGCAACAUCCAUGGAUAGGUUGUUAGCAAUAGGGCUCCAACUUGGGAUCUGUAGAUCUAAAACCAUGAGCCUGUAUUGCCAGAGUGGUAGCUCCAUUAGCUAAAAGAUAUAGCAGACUCAAACCUUUUUGUGGUCCAGCUAGUAGAGAAGUAGCAAGACACAUUACUCUCACAUGUUCAUAACGCUACCAAAUAAAUUGGUUGGGUGCUGUCACAAAAUAUUAAAACCUUGAUCAAUGGUGUGUCUGCUGUCAAAAGUUUUCUCCCAGCCUCACUUUGGAUCAAGGAGCCACUGAUUCUGAGUCCUCAGUUCACUGGUAAGAAUCUAUACUGCCCACUGUAUGCAUGGGAAGAUUUAAUUAUACAGCUUGUGAUCUGUGGCUUGGUUCAACUGACAGCAAAAGGACCUUUGGCACUGAAAGUGGAAGCAAAGCUGUUGUAUGGAAUUCCAUUUCCUCAUCAGUGUGUAGUAUUCUGCACCAAAAAACUUGCUGAGACAAGGCAGCAAGCCAAUCCUUCUCUAAGUAACCUGCGCAGGCUUUUAUAAUGUCAAUCUUGCCCUCUUUCUGGGUUUGGUUUCUAUGGAAAUGCUCCCCCUGUGUCUUGUUGUUUCUUGAGCAGCUUUAUUGUCAUCGCUCUUAUUAAUUUCACCAAGUUCCCAGCUGCAUUUUAUCAUAGUAGGUCCAAAGCCUUUCCUAAGCAGCUUUCUGUAGGGUUUCAGGUCUAACAUGAUGGGUUAAAAUACGAUCCAGCCAUGCCAAUCCAUUGCUCACAGCAUCCAAGAGAACUAUCUAUCUCAUGCAGAAAUUUUGGUUUCUGUGCUUCAGCUAAGAUGUCAAAAAAAAAAAAAGGGCAAAUGUCUGACCAGGUCAAAUGGCCCAUGGAGCUAGCAUAAUGAAGACAUGCCAGUUUCUGCAGCCAAUGCAAGCCUACUAGCCCAUUUGGCUAGCACAGUUAAAGCAUACCAAUUUCUGUAACAUCACUUCCAGCGCCUUUGACUCCCCACUCUGUAUGACCAGGUACCCAUUUAUAGCUGAGUCAGCUGUGGGCAUUCUUCAGUACAAGUCCAGGAUGAGAUUUGAAUUCACGCCUUUGGAGGUAAGACAAGACUAUUUAACUGCUCUGCUACCACUUUCUGGUUGAUUAGUGAUAUGAGCCAAUAAAAAAGUGUUAUGUAAGCCACAUUAGUACACUCCUAUAAUACUACAUUACAACACAAGACAACACUUGAUUUUUGUUGCAGCUGUACUUUUCAUAUUAAAGUUGAGUCAAAUGGAGAUGUGUUCAAUUUACAUUAUUCUAAGUAGGUGUUCACUGGUAGCUGUAAUCCCCCUGCUAGUUUCAGCAUAGAUUUUGGAGACUGAUUGUGUGAAGAGUUCUAGAAAGAUAUUGUACCAAUUUUUAUCAUUCAAAAGAACAACCCUGUGACCAGACUUAGUGGAUCCAUGGUUAAUUAAGCCUCACUUACAUAGAUGGCCUGGUAUCCAGAUAUAAGAUAGUCUUGGGGAAAAACUAUGUGAUGUAUUUGAGAUUUUUUUCACCAAUCUUAUUUCCACCAUGAGUUUAGGUAUGAAGCUUUCCACAUAUAUAUUUUGCCUGCAAAUAUUGCUGGCUAUGGGAAAAUAAAGCAUUUUGUACCUCUGGCCUGCAAGAUGCCCUCAGCUUUUGACUUUCCUCACCAAAUCACCUAUGAUGACAACACCCUGAAAGUGCAUAGAACAAAAUAAGAAUUCACAGCACUGAAUGAGAGGGGCAGGAAAGGACAUGCACAAAAAAGUUAUAAAAAUUAUACCCAUUUUCUCAACUUGGCCUAGAAAACCCUUGUAUGAUAUUCAGCAUUUCACUUAGUAUUAGAAGUUUCAAACCCUUUCCUUGUGCUUCUAUAUAGGGAAGAAAAUUCUGUUUGUUUAAUCUGCUCAUUAUUGCCCAGCAAGGUAGGCUGGACUUCCUGUUCUCCUGCCCUUUAACCAAAAGAUGCUGACCUUUGUUAGUAAUAAAGAGAUCUUUGGUUUGAGUCA